CCAAUCUUAAGAGCACCCCGUCACGAAAGUCUAUGUGCAAGGGAGACAGAAGAAACUGUGUCCCGCUUCUUCUCCCAGUCCCCCUGUCCCUCUCUGUCUCUCUCACGUACAGGCGCGCACUGAAUCGAUAGAUCCAGUGUCAAACCAAACAAAUAGGUAGCAGUGCUUCGAUCAAAAGCAAUGAAACCCUUGCCAAUAUUGAGUUUCCUAAUAGUACUGUUUGUUCAAGAAGCCUUAGGUUCCAGCAUUCAGCAAGCACUGUUUCAGUUUAGAGAAAGAAUCAACGGAAAUUCAGCCUAUUGUCCUACCGAACCAAAUUUUUCAUCGCCGGAGACUUCAGCCAAAAGGGAUGGUAGAAUUUUCUAUCCAAUUGGGUAUGGAGCAGACCCAAGCGGGGGAAGAGACAGCAGUGAUGCCAUACUGCAGGCCUUGGGAGAUGCAGUCCAAAUGCAAAGUGGGUUGGAGUUGCUGCCUGGCAUUAGCGACUUCGGAGGUGUGACGAUUCAUUUGCAAGGUGGAGACUACAAAAUCAGCAAACCGAUAAGGUUCCCUUCAUCUGGUGUUGGCAAUAUUGUGGUACAGGGAGGAACUUUGCGAGCAUCGGAUAAAUUUCCCGGUGAUCGACAUCUUAUAGAACUGUGGUCAGAGAAUUCUCCGCCAUUCGACCAGCUGCGGCUCCAAACAAAUGCAUUCUACUAUGAGGACAUCACCUUCCGGGACAUCCUCUUUGAUUCAAGCUACCGAGGAGGAGGGAUUCUCAUUGUUGAUUCAGUCAGAAUCCGGGUAAACAAUUGCUUCUUUCUCCACUUCACAACACAGGGAAUUAUAGUUAAAAGGGGCCACGAGACCUUCAUUUCAAGCUGCUUUCUUGGACAACAUUCAACAGCAGGCGGGGAUAAAGAUGAGAAGUAUUUCUCAGGCACUGCCAUUGAUCUUAACAGCAAUGACAAUGCAGUCACGGAUGUUGCAAUUUUCUCUGCGGCAAUUGGCGUUGUACUAAGAGGUCAGGCAAACAUACUCACAGGAGUACAUUGCUACAACAAGGCAACAAGUUUUGGUGGGAUCGGAAUAUUGGUAAAACUGGCUGGAUGCUCACAAACCAGGAUAAAUAGCUGUUACUUGGAUUACACUGCUCUAGUCAUGGAAGACCCUGUACAAGUUCAUGUCAGUAAUGGGUUCUUCCUAGGGGAUGCUAAUGUGGUCUUAAAAUCGAUCAAGGGUCAAGUCUCUGGGUUGAAUAUUGUGGAUAACAUGUUUAGUGGGCAGGCUGGGAACAUGGUACCCAUAGUUCAAUUAGAUGGGAAGUUCAAUUACAUCGAUCAAGUGGUGAUUGACAGGAACAAUGUGAAUGGAAUGAGCUUGAAAUCAACUGUCGGAAAACUAACAGUGGCCGGAAAUGGGACGAGAUGGGAGGCUAAUUUCUCGUCGGUGUUGGUAUUUCCCCACCGGAUUAAUAAUCUGCAGUACUCUUUGCACACUCGAGGAGAGCCUAAGUUUACAGCUCAUGCAGUGACUGAUGUGUCUAAUAAUGUAGUGGUUGUGGAGAGCGAGAAGGCCGUUAAUGGGGUGGUCUCCGUAGUUGUUGACCAGCAUAGUGAUACUGGAGAAAAACAAGUCUUCUGCGUGUAAAGCUUAUAGUUAUGCUACCUAAUUAUAUAUACAAGAAUGAUAUAUACGCACGCGCACACACGUGUAUAUAUAUAUAUAGAAAUAAAGGAGAUUGACAAGCCUA